AUGGCUCCGCCGAAGACGAGUGAAUAUGAACAAGACCAUACAAAGGUAGAGAAGGAAGCGGGGGAUGAUGGUGCUGGUAAUGUUCCACAUAGUUCGCCUCGUACACGUCGUGCACGUAGUGCGGAACCUGGACCAAACAAUAAAACUUUCAAUGGUUUUAAAAGUCGGGAGGAGUAUGUAUUUACUCUCAGUCCAAAGCAACCCGAAAUGAUAAUAACUCGUGUUUCAAGUAACGGGUCAAUCGGACAUGAUGAUGCUGUAAUUAUAACAUCCGGUAAAAAUGCAGUUCUUCUGGGCACUGAAGAUAUGCCGAAUCAAGUGACUCCAACGUCAACAACAACAGGCCCUGCAGGUCCAAGAACAGCAGCAGAAAAGGGUCAACCAUAUACUUCACUAGGACCGAAUGUACAUGUGGGCCUUAUGAAAGACCCAUUUACUGAUUUCUUAGUAAAAUGGAUAAAUAGAAGAAACAUUUAUUCGCAGGCAGAUUAUGAGAAAAUAUGGAAAGAUAUAGAAGGAAUAUGGAAUGAAUUAAUAGUGGAGUUGCACGGUAAUGAGGAUGAAAUUAUAAAAGGAAUGUGCGAGAAGGAUCAAGAGACGGACAAACCCAUUACAGCAGGGAAAAGACCAUUGUGUAAAGCCUUAUUGAAAACAUUCCUCUAUAUGGAUGGAAAGGGUGUGAGAGAUGGGACGGUCGAAGAAAUGGUAAUAGAGAAAGAAUUAUCAUUUAUGAGAUGUAUAGUAGGGGCUGCGGGUAUGAUAAAAUUAUUUGGGGAUCAUUGUAAUUUUGGGGAAAUGAAGGAGUAUGCACACAGAGCAGCAAGGGGAAUGGUGGCAGGAUUCGGAGUUCAGGAUAAUAGUCAAAUAUGCGCAUGGAUGAAUUUUGAUGAAUUAACAAUAGGAUCACAGUUCAUUGGGAAAACAAUAGCAGAAUGGAGUGAAAGAGACAGAAGUAAAGUUGCUGAUCAUGUAAAUUUAGAGAAUCAGAGGAGCUGGUGCUGGGGAAUGCCAGGAUGGGGGAAAGGGGGGAAAGAAGUAAAGAAGCAAGGAGGAGGGGAAGUUCCAGAUUGGUUGCAGAAAGAUAAGGUAGAGAAGGUAAGGGAGACUAUAGAGGAUAGGAAUCUCCCAGGGAAGGAAGAUGUGAAUGAAGUAUUAAAAGAAAUAAAAGAAAAUGAAAAGAGAGGGGAAGAUUUCUUAGCAAAGCAGUCGUGGGACUCCUUGGGGACAUUAUUUAAAAGGAAAAUGCAUGAAAAGCAACAGGACAGUACAGCUCAGGGUGGAAGUCCAGCCAUUCAUAGCAGGAGUGACCAAACUAUAGAGGAAAAUAUUCCACUCCAACCCCAAGCACCCCCCGUUACCCCAGAAUCCCCCUACACGACGGAAGAGAGUGAAGGAGGCGGAGAAGGAGGGGAAGGGGGGGAGCCUACUUCAGAUGAAAAGAAGGAGACAGAAAGUAAAAUAGAACUUCAGGAAGAGGUUGUCCCAGAUCCUGAAGAAAAGAAACUACCAGUACCUAUACCAGAAGCACCACAGCCAGCAGAACCGGAAGACACUGAUCAAACAGGAAAAUCAGGUCCUCCUCCUGUUCCCGCAGCACUAGCUGCUCCUGCCGAGCUUAGUAACAAGAUGGACCACCCUAAUCUUACUUCAUACCUCCCUCUUGCUCCUGCCGUGCUUGGUAUUUCUGCUAUGAGCUACUUGCUAUGGAAGUACUUUGGAAUGCUUCGUAAGACAAGAGAACGUUACAGAAGGGCUCCUAAAGCACUUGGUCCAACUGUAGAAGAACAACUCCUUGCUCAUGUGUACGAAGGUGGUCCACGUGAAUAUUACAUUGUAAAGGAACGCAAACCUCGUUCUACGCCUAAAAGAAGCAGCAAAAAACGUGAUGGUUGUCGCCGUGCCGGUCGUCGUAGUGUACUUCGCCGCAUGAUUAUUGAUAUCCAUUUAGAAGUCUUAGACGAAUGUCAAAAAGGGGACAUACAUUCGAGGAAUGAAGACUUUUUUGAAUUUUUGGUUCAAGAAUUUAUGGGAAGCGAAUUUAUAAAGGAGGAGGACUUUGUUCCUAAGGAACAUGUUCCAAGUUCAGGUUCAUAUUGCGGGUUUAGGGAAGGAUGA